AUGGCGAGCAGCAAGCAGUGCACCCUCUUGGUUCUCUUCGUGGCCCUCCUGGCUGUCUUCGCCUUCGCCGACGAGGCCCCUGGGACCAGCGAUGCUGCUCCCGUGACCCCCUCCACCACCGCCGAGGAUUCGCCCGUUGAGGCCUCCGCCUACUGUUCUCUGUACACGAGCUGCAGCACCUGCUCGGGUUCGUGCGGUUGGUGCGGUGACAGCGAUACUACGGGCUACUGCACGGACUGCGUCAGCGGCAGCAGCAACUGCAACAAGCCGGCCUCGUGCACCUACAAGUACUGGACCCACAACAUCUGCCCCAGCGACGUGGACGCGUUGGUGCUCGGCGUGGGUGCCAUAAUCGGCAUCAUCGUGGCCUCCGUCGUUGGUUUCUGCUGCCUGGUGGCCAUCGUCGCCGGCCUCAUCUUUUGCCUCUGCUGUCGCCCGCGCCACAGCACCUACGUCAUCGCCGGCCAGCCGCAGGUGCACCACGUUCACCACGAGCAGCCCAUCCUGCACCACCAGCACCAUGGCUACAGCCAGCCCGGCAAGCACUACAACGCUGUCUAG